ACAUGGCACUCCAGCAUGUGGUCCUCCUGGCUGGCCUCCUGGCGGAAGUUGCCAGCAAAUCCUCAGCAAGUGUGGGCCAGCAGCCUGAGUGUUGUGUGGCCACGCUGGACACCAAUGCCACUUGCCCGGGCACAAGCCUGUGUGGCCCAGGCUGCUACAAGCUCCCCAGUGAGGAUGGAAAUGCCAGCUGUGUGCAGUGCAAUGGGACCUUUCUGGCCAAUGGCUCCGAGUGCAGAGCCUCCGCUGGCCAGGACGGACACUCCCCAGGGAGCCAGAGCACAGCAGCACCCAGGCAGCUGGACCUCGGCGGUCCUCAGGUGGCAGCCUCCCUUUUCCUGGGCACCUUCUUCGUCAGCUCCGGCUUCAUCCUUGCCGUGGCCGGGUGGUUCUACCUCAAGCGCGCCAGUAAACUCCCCAGGGUCUUCUACAGAAGAGACAAAGCCCCUGCCCUGCAGCCUGUGGAAGUGGCUGCGAUGAGCUCCUCCCCGCGGUCCUCAGUGCGAAAGCCUCGCUAUGUCAGGCGGGAGCGGCCCUUGGAUGGGACCAUGAACCCCACUGCCAUCUCCUUAGAAGGGGCCCGACUCAGCGAUGUCUGACAGACCGGCAGCUUCACACUGCAUCUUGUGGCUUCGGGACAGACCUGGAUGUGGCCCAACUCAGCUUGUCUACCUCACACCGAUGGUCCCCCUUGCUUUCUGCACCCUGCGCCCCUGCAGGAAGAGAGGCCAGAUCCGGGUGUUCCAGAUGGUGACACCCUGUCCAGGCUGCAUAAGCAAGCAAAGUCCUUGUUUUCCUCUGACCUGAUUGUAUGCAGAAGUGGAUUUUAUAGAGAAGUUGAGUUCUUCUCUGCUCCACACCUGAGCCCCGUUGCCAGGCCCAGGACAGUGCCUCAGCUGUAGGAGCAUGGCAUGUGGCUCACAUGGGCUGUGAC